AUGGAGAACAUCAGCAGCAGCAAAGUAGACACCCCCACCAACAUCUCCUUGGGGAUUGGCGGUCUCCCAUUCAGCAUCUUUGAAUACAAGACCAUCUCAGUCUUCCUGGUGCUUGCCAUAUGUGGAAUUGGCAUUAUUGGCAAUGCCAUGGUGGUCACCGUCGUUCUGACCACCCGUGACAUGAGGACUCCGACCAACUGCUACUUGGUUAGUUUGGCUGUGGCUGAUCUGAUCGUUCUAGUGGCUGCUGGCCUGCCCAACAUCUCUGACAGCCUGGCAGGAACAUGGAUCUAUGGCUUUGCUGGGUGCCUUGGCAUUACCUACUUUCAGUACCUGGGCAUUAAUGCAUCCUCCUGGUCUAUUACAGCUUUCACUGUGGAAAGAUAUAUUGCCAUCUGCCACCCAAUGAAGGCACAGACAAUGUGCACCGUGUCUCGGGCCAAGCGCAUCAUGGCAUUUGUUUGGAUCCUCAUUUCGGUGUACUGCAUGCUCUGGUUCUUCCUGGUGGAUGUGGCUGCUAACAACAGCCAGCAGCUGGAGUGUGGCUAUAAGGUCUCCCGCAACCUUUACCUGCCCAUCUACCUGCUGGACUUCGCCCUCUUCUUCAUCACACCUCUGCUGCUCACCACUGUGCUCUAUGGCCUCAUUGGAAAAGUCCUCCUCCAGAGUCAUGCCCUGCACCACCCUGCUGGCCUCAGUGAAUGCUGGCGAGAACGAAGCAACCAGGAGAAAAACGGCACCGAGGUUGGCCCGAGCAGAGCUGGCAGUUCAAGAACCAGAGUGCCGGUCUCUUCCAGGAAACAGGUCACCAAGAUGUUGGCUGUGGUGGUGGCCCUCUUCGCCCUACUCUGGAUGCCCUACAGGACUCUGGUUUUGGUGAACUCCUUCGUGGAGCACCCCUACCUGGACCGCUGGUUUGUCCUCUUCUGCAGGAUCUGCAUCUACACCAACAGUGCCAUCAACCCCAUCAUCUACAACCUCAUGUCCCAGAAGUUCCGUCUGGCCUUCAAGAAGCUUUGCAAGUAUAGCGAGGAGGAACUUCAGCGGCAGCGUAGCUUUCACACAGCCUCUGGCAAUGACAGCUCCAGGAAGGUUGGCCCCAUCGGCCAGCAGGCCAACCACAAAGCGGGGAGGCUGGCUGGGACCACCGGAGCAGAGGCUGAACAACAAACCCUGAGCCAGAAAGAGAAGGAGAUGCAGUUCAGCCUGCUUUGA